AUGUUGGGAAUAGAUUGGGGGUUGCUGGGGGUGCUGGGGGUGCUGGGGCUGGUGGUGUGGCUGUGCUUGGUUGGACUAUGUUAUUCUUUUGACGAGGUUUCGAUGGUCCAGAUGGAAUCAGAGCCAAAAGAAAAAAAGGAAGGAAAAGAGAAGAGAACCCUCCUCAGGCCACCGAUGGCUGGGUCGGCCAUCCACUACCUCGAAAAACAAAGCCGCCAUCGUGUCCCUGCGCCGCAUUUGCCAUAUUACGUGCAUGCCGCUAUUCGAGAGUUUCCAGGGGUUACUGGGGCAAUUGAGUAUUUAUCCUCGACGGUGUGGCGGUGCGAAAUAUCCAUCCGUGCAUGCCUCGAAUCAAGGGAAAAGACAUGCCAUUGGCACAGAUGGCAGAAGCGGUUGAUGGUUCGCAAGUUCGAUGUUUCGGACGAGAACAGAGGUUUCGCGUUGUGGGAAGGGAGUAGAAGGUGGGAGAGCCGGUUCACGCACCGCAUACCGUAG